AUGCUUGCAUUGUCCACUCGUACCACGCUCACACAAUCCUUCAAGCUACGUUGUGGUAUGGCAUCGAGAUUCUACUCCGAAGGAUCCGUGGGCUCCCCAAGAAAUAACGGCUCCGAAGACUCCUUCACCAAAAGAGAGCGUGCCCAAGAGGAAUACUACAUCAGACAGCAUGAAAAGGACCAGCUAGCGCAGUUGAGAAAGAAGGUCCAGGAGCAGGAGAAGAAGAUUGAGCAUUUGGAGGACAAAAUUAACGGCAGCAAGUGA